AUGAGCCACCAUGGUAGUUACUCAUCCUGUGGAUCUUCUAUGGGAGCCCACCAAUCUAGAGGGCAUUGUUCUUCAAGUCAUGGGUCAUCAGCUCAGCAUGGAAGCUCCUAUAAGCUCCAACAUAACAGUUCCAGUGGUUCUAAUCAUGGUGGUUAUUAUAAAUCAUCCAGCCACUUAGGAGGAAGUGCAAAACUAUCAAGCCAUUCAUUUGCUGGUCUAGCACAUGGAGGUGGAAGUGGUCAUGGUCACUACAAGAGUUCUAGCAGCCACACUCAUAACCUACUUCAUAUUAAUGAGAAAGAUACAAUGAGGGCUCUAAAUGAGCGUCUUGCCUCCUAUCUAGAUAAGGUCCAUUCACUGGAGCAGGAAAAUGCCGAGCUGGAAAGGAAGAUAUGCGAAUGGUAUGCAAACAAUGCCCCAAGCUCACUCCCUGACUCCAGUGAGUACUUCAGGACUAUUCAGGAGCUCCAGAACCAGGUAAAACAAGACAUGUCUCAUUUUAAGUAAGCCAAAAAUAUUACAUUAAACAAUACAUCUAAGAUGGUUGUAGGAACUAUCUACAAUGUGAAUUUAAAUGUGUUAUUUAUACAUAAAAUUGCCUAAAUCAAUGUAAUAGUCUUGUUCACGAUUUGUAUUAAGCAUGCUUUUAAAUGUAAAUGUAUUUAAUUCAGAAAGUAAUCAGAAUACCAGUUAGAAAACACCUAAAACAUAUUCUACUAGUAUACAAUGACAAGGAAAUACAUGGAGAUAUAGGGAUGUCAAAUAUUCUCUAUUCGAAGACUUCUUCACGAAAGAUAAAUUAUAUUUUCAAUCUUUUGUCAAUACGUGUAAAAUAGAGUAUCCAUGGUUAGCCAGUAUCCAAAGAAAAUUAAAAGAAUGAAAAUUCCACAGAAUGUAAAAUGUUGACUCAUUAGACGACACAUAAUUAAUUAGGUGAAUUUGUUUCCUGUACAGGUUUCUUCAGUCGCCACGUGCAAUGCAAGUUUAGUCCUGCAGAUAGAUAAUGCUCAACAAGCAUCAGGUGACUUCAAAAGCAAGUACGUUUAUACCAGUCAUUUAGAAAAAAAAAAAGAAGCAAACUAUAGACUUCACUACAUGAAAUUGCACAGGUGUUUGUGUUACCAUGGUGAUUUAUUAUGUUCAUACAGUAAUAAUCAGAUAUUGAGGUUGGCAGUGAUGGUAAUAAAAAUAUUAUUUGUUUUAGGAAGAAUCUAAAAGGUUUGAGUUAGCUUGAAUACACUAAUAUUCACAUUUCCAUAGCAAAAAACAAGGUGAAUGCUUACAAGAUGUCAACCCAUUUUAUCUUGUUCAAAGUAAAUGAUCUGUUGCCCGACAGCUUUUGAGUCAAUAACAAGCGCUAGCCGUGAUGGGGUAGCUAUAUUCUUUUGUAGCCUUCACUUCUGAAAAUUUAGUGCAGUAGCCGUAGACUGUCUUUUACUAUCUUACAUUUAUUGCCAAUACAAAUCUCAGGUUUACUGAUGAUUCUUUGAAAGAAAGUGACGACUCUUGUUUCUCAACAUUAACUGUUCGAUCCCAUGAUUUGGCUAAUACGUUUGUUUUUUUUAAUCUUCUGAAGUUGCACGUCAAUUAACCAUCAUUCUUGUAUUCUUUCUUAAAUGUCCACAUAUGAAAAUUAACUAGUGGUUCUUUAUGGUAAUAGCUACGCACAGGCAUUAAGGGUAAAAUUAUGCAAAAUUUCAUAAUCAACACACACAUGUAUCUACGUAUUUCCCAUAUUGUGAAAAUACAAGCAAAUUCAGUACACUGAGGGAUAUAUAUUACUAUAUUUUUAGAUAGCCCUCUACUAAUGGCUACCAUGAAGUAGCUUGUUUGUGGUAAAACAUGAUACAGAAUCCUUAUUGUCUUUUUUCACCCAGUUUCAGAACACUGAACCUUCAACCAGUAUUACUGUAAAACAUUUAUUAACAUAGAUAAUAUAGAUAAUAUAGAUAAUAUAAAUGCAUAAUAUAAUUUUAUUUCUAUUCAAUAUUGUUGUCCAUUGAAUUUAAUAUUGUUGUCAAUGUAGGUAUGAAAUGGAGAUGAAUUUGAGGAACAAUGUGGAGGCAGACAUUGGCGCUUUGAGUAGAGUACUAGGCCAACUUAACAAUGACGUGCAAAGUUUUGCCGGGGAAGUUCAAUGUCUCGAGCAGGAAAUUAACCAGUUAAGGAACAACCAUUCACAGGUAAUGUGGAGAAACGUGCCAAUGCUUUUUACGUGCAAUUUUUUUAGAAUAGAUAAUCUGGAAAAUAAACCCUGUAAUUACUCAACAAAACCAGAAAAAGAAUAAGAGGACUUAGGUAUUCAAAGAAGCGACAUUAUUAAUGUCUUCAUAUUCUGUAUGUAAUAAAAUAUUUGAUCAAAACAAUUAAGAGCCAGCACAGCAUUUGCCUAAACACUUAGUAUCUGAAACACCGACCCUCCCUGCUGCCCCCUUGGUUAGGGGCAACCACUCUAGAUGUAUCACCCAUACGCUCAACUGAGUUAAAAAACAAACAGGCACUCUAAACUAGUCCAGCACAAAGAGCCCAACCCUAGGGCAUCCAUCUUACUAACGCAACCUUGUUUCUUUAUAAUCUGUUAUAUAAUUUUAUGCCCAGAUGGCAUACUAAGCCAACUAACACCUCUCUACACAUGCACUUCCUUCGUACACCAUGUCUCUUUCUAACUCAGAGGGUGCACAGAACAUAUUGAUACCGUUGCAUUGAACAUAAUGCAUUGUUAAACAUGUUAUUGUUGUUCCUAAACCUGUUCAUGCUUGACAUAAAAUAUGGUGCAAAUCUCUAACGACAUAUUGCCAGUACUUUUCUAUUGAAACAACAUAAAUACAUGUCUGUACUACUUAAAUAUGACGCACCCAAAAAUGAUAAAUAAAGAAUUUUAAAAAAGUAAAAAAUUAAAUAUUUGGUCAAAACAAUGCUUAGAAAAUUAAUGCAUUAUACUCAUAUUAUUUUAAUUUGACUAUUUUGAUACGUAUGGUACUGUAUUUUAUUCAAAGAUAUGUCAACUAAGGAAACGUAGCUAUGGAUAGAGAGCAUAAUCUGUAAUAGAUAUACACUGGAAGAGUUAGGGUGGAGAAAAGAGCAAUGAGAAAAACUAAAGGGAACUAGCUCAAGACUGCAUAUCUAUUUAUCUACUGUUAUAAUCUAUAAUUCUCGUCUAUGUAAUAGAAUUGAUACUCAAUUUACACAAGCCUAACAGUUUCCAUAUGCCCAUUCUCCAUGGACGAGUGAAAACUGAGCCUCGGCAAGCAAGGCUGGGAUUUGGGAUUAAUGUUUACUCAAUGCAGUAUACUACUUGUAGUCAAGCUGUGCAACAAUAUUUUCUUCCUGGAGAGUUGACAUGAAUAUAGAAAUGGUUAAGUGACUUGCGAAAAGCAAAAGGCAAGGGUAAGGGCAAUGACAAAUAGAAGGCGACGAUAACGUGCUGAAAUUUGAUGAGGAGGUAAAAAACACAGAUACUGACGUUGCCUACAAAAACAUCCUUGCAAUCACAGACAGUGACUCUUCAUAGCUCUGCAUUCACGGAAAUAAACAACUGAAUUCAUAAUCAGAGAGAUACUCAACACAUACAUCCCUGAAUUCAAAGACACACUCACAUUCUGCUCAAAUAUACUCCAACAACACACACACUGACACUUUGUUUCACAAACACGCAAACAAAAAACUGGCAUUGGUCAUUGGAGCUGGAGAGUAUAUUUAGACCAGGCUAGUAGCUUGGCUCUUCAAAUUGUGAGCCUAACAAAGACGUAAAUCUCUAUGUAUUCAUCUGGACAUUCUUCCGUAGGUCUGACACUGACUAACAUACACAUUUGAAGAAAAACUGCUUUUAAUUUAGAGCACUAUGUAGGUGAUUGAAAACCUUCAAGGAUUUUGUCUUACCCUACAGGUUACAUUUUACAUAAAUAGUAAAAUUAUUUCUUAUUUAUUUCUUAAUAGCAGUCAAAGUGCAAAGAUGAAUUUUCCCAUUGAUUGAAUGUUUUCCUUUGACUUUUGAUCAUGGAUGUUUAUUUCCCCACAUAAAGGAAGUAGAUGGGCUGCGUUCUCAGCUUGGAACAAGAGUCAAUGUUGAAAUGAAUGCUGCUCCAUCUGUCGAUCUGAACAGAGCUUUAUCUGAGGUCAGAGAGGAAUACGAAAACCUGAUGGAGAGGAAUCUCAGGGAAGCCGAGAGUAUCUUCUUGGCAAGGGUAAUUCUAACUCUCUCUCACCAACAGAACGUUUAUAGACACAUUCUAGAUUGUAUCCCCAUACUACAAACAUCUAUAGAUGCAAACAGAAUUUACAGACUUAAUUUUCUGUAAUAAUUAAUAAUUAUCAAAAUUAUGAAAAUAUUUAUUUUAUUUGACCAUGGUGAUGUCUUGAUUGAGUUGUAUACCUUUAAAACCUUAGCUGAAGUGAUGCACAUUGUACUGAAUUAUAUUUCUAGUAAUAAGUAUUAUUUAUUUGUCCAUGCAGAGCACAGAACUGGACCGUGAAGUGUCUUCAGGAGCUGCGCAACUUCAGUCGGUUAAUAAUGAGAUUAUUGAUUCAAGACGCGCUGUACAGACCCUGGAAAUUGAACUACAAAGUCAGCUAAGUAUGGUAAGUCAGCAUCAAUAGAUAUGUGCAAACCUUUGGACAGUCAAUUUGCAUUGCCAAGGAUUAUAGAUUUAGAAUUUCUAACAUUUUCAAAUAUAUUUUUUGGUAUAGCUUCUUUUAUUAGUCAACGUAUUAGCGCAGCAAUUUUCUGACAGCUUUGGAGUCUCGGUGUCCAAUAGAUUUACUACUUGUUCAUCAGAUCUCAUAGUUUCUCAGUAGCACUGUAGACUUUUGAUUAGUUGCAAGGUUUGGUAUAAUAGAUUGGAGUGUUUACCUAAUGCCAGGUGCAGAUUUUUGUAUGUUGCUAUGCUGACUUGAGUUGGUUGUGAUCAUGUUUCAUUUAUCGCUAGUUCACGUUUCUUAACAAAAGGUUUUAAGAGACACUCCAAGCACCAUAAUCACUACAGCUUGCAGUGCAAGGAGUGCCCUGGUGCCCCCAUUGUAAGUUGUCAAACCAUUUUAGAAUGGCUUGACUUCUUACCUGGGGUCUCCAGGGGAACACUUCCUGUCUCCACUACUUCAGAUGCUAAACAGAAAGCUUCUGUUAGCUCUUCUGUGUUAAGACCAGUAAUGAAAGACUAACUCAUUGGCUGAGAGAAUCAGAUUACUAAUGAGCUAAUCCUUGUACUCCCCUCUACUCCAAUUUCUACACCCGCUCCCCCCCCCCACAUUCAUACAUGUCCCUGUUCUGUCUAGGCCCUGUCUGCCUCCUCAGGGUUCAGCUAGAAUUUAGCAUGUUUGGGUAACGAUGCAAUUACAUUUUUGUUUUUGGUGACAGUCUCUAGUAAAAUGGCGAUGUUAUAAAAUACAUGCAAGCUUUACAAUUCAUAGUAAAAUAAUAGAUUAUAUGGUAAAACAAGGAGAAUCUAGCUUUACUCAGCGAAAAGUUAUUUUUCAUUGUUGAAAAGCAUUUUUUCACUUGAUAAUUCCUUCAGAAGACUGUGAUAAAACCUUUCAAUAAUUGCAGAAUUCAGCUCUAGAGGGCACCUUAUCAGAGACGGAGGCAACGUUCGGCUCCCAACUUUCCCAGUUACAAUGCAUGAUUGAUAACAUUGAGUCUCAACUAGCACAGGUCCGAUCUGACCUAGAACAACAGAACCACGAAUACCAAGUUCUCAUGGACCAGAAGACUCAUCUAGAGAUGGAAAUCAACACCUACAGACAUCUACUGGAUGGACACAACAUUGAGUAUGUAGAGCAAUCAGAAUAGUUUAAUACUGACAAUUGGUGAAUGGUCAGUUAGAUAUCAUGGCACUAGGUACAUUAAUGGGGAACUUUACAUAAAAGUAAAAUACUAAAAGUAAAGGUCAGAUCAAUAUGACUGAAAUGGAUUAGUGCGGAUGAAUAAGCAAAAUUAAUUAGUCUAAAUAAUUUAAUUUUUUUUCCCCUUGCAGUGUUGGAGAUCAUAAUGCUUCAGGAGGUAAGUCACGGACAUCUCUAAAUUGUUCUACUAAGUAUAUAAUUAAUAUAGUGCCAACAUGUUCCAUAGCAUUUCGUCAUCAUAAAAAGAGGAAGAAGUGAAGAAGGUCCUGCUCAAACAAGCUCACAAUCUAUGAGAUCACUUUCUAAUGUAAAUUAAAUAUGUAACUCUAUUAAUAGCUAAAAUAAAAAAGAAAAUGAUGUAUGGUUAUAUUGGUAAUUAAUCAUGCUCAUUAAGUCAAGUGUUAUAUAGUAUUGUUUUAUAUUUAAAUCAAUGGUUUGUAUUACACAAGAAAAAUGUGGAAAUUAUUUCUUAACUGUUCUUAACUUUGUGAAAUAAGAAAUUAAAAUUAAGUUCAUUAUUUAAAUAUCACAUAAACUGGAGGAUUAGAAUACACCUGGAAUCCUAUAUGAUUUAAAGUUUGCACUGAAACCAAUAGCAUCCCAUUUUGCACUAUGCACUAUAUUCUCUUAUAGUGUAUUGGUAAGCAUAUAAGAUAAUGAACAGAAGUUUAUACAUCAACAGUUAGCUUUUUGUCAAUAUAUCUUUAUCAGGUAGAAGUAGUAUCUUGUAAAACCUUUUUUAUUGGACUCCAAAAAAUUUGGAAUGUCAAGGUUUCCGGAGAUCAUCCCUGGCCUUGAGAAAGGGAAGAUAUCCCAAAAGCUUAUCAUUCCAAAAUUCUAUUAGUCCAAUAAAAAAAAGAUAACUAAUUUUGCUAUUUUGCAUCUGCAUCACUGGACUAACAAGGUUACAAUCAUCACUCCAACACUAUAUAUGUCUUCUUUGUUCUAGAAUCCCAUCAUAAGCAUUGUUAG